CCAUCGUCCCUUUCACAUUCCACUCAUAUAUUACACACUCUCCCUCACUUUUCUAGACAGCCCAAAAUGAAGAUAACUUCUUCUUUCCAUGUCCUUUGCUUCCUUACUAUCAUCUCUCUUCCAUCUCUAAUUUCAAGCCAAUCCUGCCAAAGAUCCUGUGACAAACUACCCGUCAAGUACCCAUUUGGAACCGGCUCUGGCUGCGGCGAUCCGCGCUUCCAAAAAUACAUAAACUGUGACCAGCAAAAGCUCACCUUAACCACCCACACUGGCUGCUACCCAGUCACCAACAUAGACUAUGCUAACCAAGUCAUAUACAUCUCUGAUCCCUCCAUGUCUACUUGUUCUUGCACACAACCAAGCAAAGGCUUUGGCCUAGACUGGGAUGCUCCAUUCUCUUUUCAUGAUGAUACUGUCUUCACUCUACUUGACUGUUCAAUCUCCUCAUCACCUAUUUAUCAGUCAACUGGCAUCAAUACUGGUGAUAACAGCUCUCUAGCUCCUAUGUGUGAUAAAGAAGGAAUACCCAUAUGUAGUUUUUUGUACUCCUGCAGGGCAAUUAGCAUGCUUAGUCUCCCAAUAUCUACCUGUUGUGUUUACACACCCGUCGAUCUCGGACCGGCGUUCGAGAUGGAUUUACGGAAGCUGCAAUGUUCUUCGUAUUCCGGGUUUUAUAGCUUCAACGGGCAGGAAUCUAACCCUGAUAACUGGAAGUAUGGGAUAGCUCUGAAGUACAAGUUUAAUGUGUACAAUGACUAUCCCAGUAAUUGUGCAGAUUGUGAAAGAAGUGGUGGAGCUUGUGGCUAUAGUGGGAAUUACAAUUCAUUUGUUUGCAACUGCCCUAAUGGGAUCAACACCACAUCAGAUUGUGUCUUCCCAUCUUAUAAUAAUGCUUUAAGGUUUCUCCCAUGGCAGAGAGGCAUUUGGGUAACUUCUCUUUUGGCAUUGCUUUGGAACUUGCCCUAGACUAUGAAGAUCAUCAAUAAACAACAAAGGAGGGAACCUACAAACUGCAUAUGUUCUGGAGAUAAAGUUGUCUAGUGACUCUAAUCUGAAAGAGGCCUUAAGUUCAUGUUCACUUUAUGCUUUGUAGAAGCAUUCAUUUUCUGGGUUGUAAUGCAUCUUCAUAUGUAAGAAUUGUGUGAAUUAAGGACAACAGUCCCAAAUUUUCCGUAUUUUUUAAAUCUUAGUACAAAGUGCAGAAUCAAAACUUCUUGG